CCGCGGCGCUUCGUCUCGCCGACAUGUUGAAGGUAGGAGAGGGGGAUCGCGGCCGACUUCAGAGCUGUCGCAACGGUCCGCGCGAAUGGAGCCAGUCGGGCUGGGUGGUCGGUAACGAGAGUGUGGUAUGUGCACGCGCGAACGACAGACGCAAUAUAGCCAACGUGCAAAGAGGCGUGCGUGAGAAGCGUGUUGUCAUGACGUGCGCGUGAGUCACGGCCAACGCGACGGCGUUUUGGUGCCAGCCAGACGUGUGCGAGUCUCAGGAACAUGGCGCGUGAUUCUCGACGCCUCGUCGUCGCCGACGUCGGCGGCGGCAGCGGUGGCAGUGGUGGUGCGACGGUGCGGUGCAAAUUGGUGCUGGUCUUUUUGGUGCUGCUGCUCGCGAUCGUUGUUCCUGAUGCGUACGCCGACAGUCAAGGUCCGUCCCCAGACUUUAGUAGACACAUUCUGGUGAGACCGAGAGUGUAUCACGGCAGGACAAAGAGACAGAUCUCAUCGACCAAAGAGAAUGACAUCGAGCACGCGGACGUGCUGACGGUGGGUUUCAACGUGGACGGUGUCGAGCGUGUUCUCGACCUUCGACUGAACACCGAUUUAAUUCCGGUCGGCUAUCAGCAACGCCACCAGCAUCGUGGCACGUACAAAGUGCACACCCCGUCGAAAGUUGAACUCUGUCAUUACCAAGGUAGUGUUCGAGAUAUUUCCGAUUCGUGGGUUGCGUUAUCCACUUGUAGAGGAUUGCGCGGUGUCAUCUUCGAUGGUGAGAAUCUUCACUACAUCCAUCCGGAAGACGAGAACUUGGAUUCCUCGCAUUACCUUUACAAGCACAGCGAUCUCAUUGCCAAUAAUACGUGCGGUUACGAAGGCACGCCGCCGCACCACGUUCUCUCUCGAGAUCAUCGCGAGAUUAAAAGGCCCUCCAGGCACAAAAGAGCGGCCGAAAUUAUUCGGGGACCCUACAAUGCAAAUAGGCAGUCGCGUUACGUAGAGUUAGUACUUGUAAUCGACAAGAAGGAAUAUAUGGCGCUCGACGAAAAUCUGGAUAAAGUACAUCAGCACUGUAAGGACAUCGCCAACAUUAUCAAUGCUCUGUAUAUGCCGUUAAACGUAUUCAUCGCUCUGGUUGGCGUGCAAGUGUGGUCCGAGUCGGACGAGAUAAAUCUAUCACCGAACGGCGACGCCACUCUGUCUAAUUUCCUGCGCUAUCGUAGGGAGAAGUUGGUCCAGGAUAUACCCAACGAUAACGCUCAGCUGUUGACGCGAAUCACCUUCGAAAACGGAGUGGUCGGCAAGGCUCUUAAAGGACCGAUAUGCACGUACGAAUUCUCUGGCGGUGUUUCCAUGGAUCAUUCGAACGUCGUCGGUCUAGUCGCAGCCACCGUUGCUCACGAGAUGGGUCAUAAUUUUGGCAUGGAACACGACGGACCGGAUUGCGGCUGUCCCGAAGAGAAGUGCAUAAUGGCAUCGUCCAGCGGCUCGUCCGGACCUACACAUUGGUCUACUUGCUCGUUGGAACACCUGGCUAUAGCCUUCGAACACGGUAUGGAUUACUGUUUGAGGAACAAGCCGCAAAAGCUCUUUGACAGUCCCAUAUGUGGCAACGGAUUUGUUGAAUCGGGCGAACAGUGCGACUGCGGUUUGAAGGAGAAUUGCGACAAUCCCUGCUGCAAUGUGACCACCUGUAUGUUGCAUAGUAAUGCAAGCUGCGCCACCGGUGAGUGCUGCGACCUGAAGACCUGCAGGCCGAAGAGCGCGGGCACGGAAUGCCGAAGCGCUGAACACGAAUGCGACCUGCCGGAAUAUUGCACGGGUCAGAGUGAGUAUUGUCCGGCGGACGUCUUUAAGAUGGACGGCGAAGGUUGCAGCGUGGGCCAAGCUUUCUGCUAUCAGGGCUCGUGCAGGACACAUGAUGAUCAAUGCAAACUCCUGUGGGGCCCCACCGGUUGGUCCUCCGACGCACAGUGUUACGACAUGAACAAUCGAGGCACGAAGAACGGUAACUGCGGUUACAAUCGCAUCGACGCGAGCUUCGUUAAAUGCAACAAUGGAAAUGUCCUCUGCGGCAUGCUACAUUGUAAACAUUUGAAUGAACGACUUGAAUUUGGCAUGGAGUCGGUCGCAACCUUGAGUCACUCCUUCAUCAAUAACGGCGGGAAAAUAAUAGCGUGUCGUUCGGCCAUAGUUGAUCUCGGAUUGAACGAGGUCGAUCCUGGACUCGCACCGGAUGGUGCCAAGUGUGCACCCGGAAAGAUGUGCGUAAAUCAAAAAUGUAUGUCAGUGUCGGAUUUGAGAGCAUCCGUAUCCGGCGGUAAAGGUUGCCCGAAUAAUUGCAACGGUAACGGAGUAUGUAACAGUCUUGGUCAUUGCCAUUGUAACCGCGGCUUUCGACCACCUGACUGUCUCAAUCCCGGAAUCGGAGGCUCCGAAGAUAGCGGUCCAGCCGAAGAUCCAAACGCGCGGAAUGAUUUUAUAACCGCGCUCUACGUUAUCUUCUUGGGAGUGGUGCCCGCCGUAGCUCUGGUGUUACUCGGAGUUUGGUACGUCAGGAAUUCCGGACAGCACUGGAAGAAGGACGUGAUGUCUACGACCGAUCGCGGCCACAAUGGAUCGCUGAUCAAAACGAUCGAUCGUUCGGGCCCCAUGUCUCGUAACAUCGAGACGAUCGAUUCUAGUUUGAGUCAGGAUCCGGCGUGUGUGAGUUUGCUGCCUAAGACAGAGGCCGACGAGCGCUAUACCAACAAUAUGUUCGGCCAGUUUAAAGGUUUCACGAUCACGCCGCUUCACUCUAAUCAAUCCAAACUGGCCGAGCCCACGAAACCGGCCUCGCCUCCACCCCCAGGGUGGAUACCUACCGUAGCGAUAAAGACGAAUGUAAUUAAAUCGAGCAUGCAAAGGUGCAACGUCCCACAGAGAAGCAGUCUGUUGAGUUCUAAUGUCAACGACGCGACCGCACCGAUGUUGCCACCGUUGAAUCCCGGAUCUACGGCGCGACCAUUAAUCAGCAGUCCAGUAUUAGCAGCUACAACCUGCACGUCCGUCGAAUUGGCGGCCACCAAGAUACCCACCAGACCUGCCCCGGCACCGCCUGCCGGCUCCACGGCUCCCGCAAAGCCGCAGAGACCCAAUAGCACGCCUUUGACAAACGUGAUCUUACCGGAGCCUGAGAAGAAGCCGGAUAGAGGCAGUACGCUCAAUCGAAUCGCAUCAAUGUUACGUCCUGGCUCCGGCAUCAUGAGAAGCAACUCCCAGAGGGAGGAAAGGAACACGAAUUCUCUGCCGAGAAGUCAGCAUCACAAGGCCAAUAAGGUUAUUGACAAGGAGAUCCUGAGAAAUUUAGAGAUUUCCAAUCCAAUACCACAGAAGGAGAUCGAGAUCGCCACGCCGGUCAUCCCGGUGAUGUCGGAGGCCGAAGCCGAGAAAAAAAACGUGGUUCUGCGCGCUCAGUCAAUGAGGGACAGCAAAGUUACGCCAAGACCUCUUAUUCAUACGUUCGGUUCGAUGCGUCAGACGACGCCCGUCAAGAGACCCACCAGUAUUCCCACCAGCGCGAGACCUACGUCGCCACCUCCUGGUCCACCGAACAUCUCGCAGACGGAAAAAUCAAUGGAGAGUGCGAUAAAGAUUCCGGGACUGCCCGGUUAUCAAAAUCCACCCGUGAAGCCAUUGGAGAACAUUUACGAUGACUGCAUGAACUUGAUCGCGGAAUCGGCCUUGACCAAGAUCACGGAAGAAUCGCCUACGAAUGACAAUAUCUACGCGGUGAUAGAGGAAUCCGUGCCAGAGAAGAACAGGAAGAACACGGAAUUGGAAGGCACAAUGGUCGAUAACGAAUACAAAUUACCGAAACGUAUCGACGCCACGUCCACCGGUGGUAUAGAAUCGAUGGGCCUGCUGUCGGAAAUCGUAUCGGAGAUCUCGAAUCGCAAUUUCGAUUCUAUAUACUCCACCUCGACGCUAACCAGGAAGAAGAGGGAGAAUAAUAAGAAGAACGCGGAAAGUAAAAAUGCAGAGAGCACAAGCUCUGACAGUUCCCUGGGUAAUUAUAUGAAUUCGAGCCACUACAAGACCCCUGGGAGCGUUUAUUCGAACUCGACUUCCGGUAAAUUCAAUUCCUCGAGUUCCACCACCAGCUCCGGUUAUCUUCAUCCAUCCGUGAUAAAUAUUCCGCAAAUGGACAGGAAAGAGAUGGAUAAAAAUAUCUCGGACACGAACGACAACUUGAAACCUGUCGAAAAGAACAAGCCAGAUAACCUGAAGUCUAAUAAUCCUAAUAUAAACGACGAGCUGUCCAAGGAACUCGGCAUGAAGCCGCCUGAGAAUUCUGUAGGGUACAAAUCGUUCGCUCCGACGAAGACUCGACCGUCUCAUUUGAUACAUAUCAAAAAGGACGACCAAGUUGAGGGUAAAGCUCCGGUUAAGCCGCCUUUGAACAGGACUAAAACGCCACCGAACAUCGCGAAAAGUCCGACUUCGAAAGAAACGCCCGAGUCCGGCAUAAAACUCACGAGACAAAGUUCAGAUAAUACAUUAAAAUCGUUGAAAUCGUCUUCGAAAGGGUCCGACGCGAGUUCGAUAAAUUCGGCGAAGCAGCGUUCGGACGCGAGGCAAACGCAACUGAACGCGACCAAGUCGAAUAGCGAUUUAGAUAAGGAGGAAUCGCGUACAACCGUAUCUGUCAAAAAUGUGCCUUGUAGUCCUAAGGAUAAUCCGGGCAAGUUCAAUAGUCCAGAUUUGGUCUCGAGCUGCUCGAAUUCGAAUCAAGGCGGCACAAAGUCGCCAGACGUUGUGGGUGGCAAUCCAAAGUUCAGUCUCCCGUUGAAGACAUCCACUCACAAGACACCCACGCUGCUGAGGAGUGGACAAAAGACGCCUACGACGCCGUUGAAACCUCUAAACAUUACGUCCAAAACGACUGGUCUCUCGGAAAGGAAGAAGUCUCCGACUGGCAACGCGAGCGUAGCUAAAACAUUAUCGCCAACUGUCAAGGAUUCGAAUAACGUCAAAGGUGCGACGUCCAAGAUAUCCGCCAAGAAUUCUGAAACAAUCAAGGGCGAGGAUGGAGGAGCGAAGACAACUCCGCUGCAAAGGGCGGCGAGUGGUAAAUUCAACGUGGCGUCGCUUCAGCAAAAGUUCGAGGCCAACAAAAACAAUUCUGGUGUCACGAGAACUAUAUCUAGUGCGAAUAAUAAAAAGCCGAUGCCGGCGCGACCGAAGUGACGGAAGUCAGCAGUGGCGACGUAAAAAAAAAGGAAAAAAUAAAACAAGUAAUCAUCUCGCGAGAGAGAAGCGAAGAAAAUCUAGACUUGAAACAUUCUAGUCCGUCAUUGAUUCAUUCUCGUUGGAGAAGAUAUAUGUAAACGAAUAUACACGUUCAAGCUUAUACAAAGCGUGGACGAGUAUAAAUGUCCCAGAUAGCAACUUAGUAAUUAUUAUGACAUUAUUUUGCCGUCGAAAUGACGUAAUUUGACGUUAAAAUAAUUACUUUUACUAUCUGGGGUAGAUACGCGAGGGCGAUAUAUAUCUCUGUAACUUCUUAAUUAAGAAUCCUUAAAUGGGAGUUGAAAGAAGAAAAUAGUACAAGGAUCGCGAAUCUUUCCCUUUAAGAUUCACAAAAAAAGAAAAACCGCUAAUUUUACGAGCAAAUGUUAUAUUUCUUGUCAGGAUAUUGUAAAAUUGCGGUCGUACGUGGCCAUUACAUAAGCGAGACAUAAUAAUAGUAUUGAAAAUUGUAAAUAGCAUCCACUUAAAAAUUGUCAAAUAUUUUUUGUAGAGACUACCCACACAUUGCCGACGUUCAAGCGUACCUACACAUGUAAGCCAAUAAUUACCGUAAUAUUUAUCUUAAGCAUUUUAUAAGAAGCGAUAUUACGAGGUAAGCGAUAUUAUUUUCGAAACUUUCGCUUAAAAACUGGAGAAGGGCGUGUUACGAAAAUUAAUUAACCUCUGUGAUAUAUGUACAUGUAUAAAGAAAUACUGCACAGAAAUACACUAUACGUCACCUUGUUACGACUAGCAGGCUAUAGAUGCGACCAAAAUUAUUUUAUAUCAUACUACACAAAUAUGAGAUAUGAUGAAGGCCCCGUUAUAAUAGAUAUUCGGCGAAUGGAGGCAAAAAAAUGAAAAAGAGAGAAAAGGCAAGAAGGGAGAUCUUUGAACUGCACGUAACUUAUUCUUGUAUUCAUUUUAUUAAUCCACUGAAGGUUCAUCAAUUAUUAUAAAAUCGAUGUGCGAAAAUUUGUGCCCUUAACCGAAUUCGAUACACAAAGUAGAUUGUAUCGAAAAAAAUCACGCGCCAUUAAGUUAAAAUGCUAUCGGAAAUCGCAGCCAUAUCUGACAGACGUAAUUCUGUUAAUAGAAGGCCUCUUUCCAAAGAUUAAGAUGUAACAAAAUCUAGGAUAUAUAGAAAAUAUAUACAAAAUUGUACCUUCGAGAUUCCAGAGGAGUCAAAAUUGAAAUGCCAUUAGUUAGGAAAAUUGUAAAUGUUAACAGAUUUCGAUAGUAACGUAACACUGCGAAUCGAGUAAAAUUGAUAUUCUUUGAACGCUAAAUUAAAAUCUGAAUCACAUGAAGUAUUUAGAUCGCGCAGUAUCACGCCUUUAUUUUUUCAUCGUUCUCCGCGUAAAUGAAUUAGCGACAAGGCUUGUUUCGUUUAAGGCCGCUCUCAACGCAAAGACUAAAACUAUUUAUUUGACUGAUCGUGUAAAUAUUGUUUAUAUAAAAUAGGCACAUAGAGAAAGAAAAAGAGAGAGAGAGAACUAAGUUUUAUACAAUGUACCUUUGGACUGGAUAAGUUAAGUUGUAAGUUACCCUUAACGCAUUAUACGUGCGAGAAUUGUGAAACAGCUUCGAUUUUUUUUAAUAUAAAAAAUAUAUAAAUUUUAUUAUAAUAUAUUAGCGUAAAAUUGUGGAAAGGUUUUAUUGAACUGAUUCAGAGUCGGCUAUAUGAGUGCAUUUACUCCGUUCCGUUUUCUUUAUGUUUUGUCGUACGAAAAAAUCCGAUGGAUAAUUUUUCAUUCAUAGUAUGCAGUUUGUAAUAGUUCCUACAUGCGAGUAUUCAGAAAAUCAUACAGAAUUUUGCCAAAGUUCAAUAAAGCUUUUUUACUCACGUACUGUGCAUUGCUUUUUCUGCUUGUUUCUCUAAGCGUGACGUCGUAUGUGUUGCUUCAUUAUGAGACAAUCAAGCAUUUCUUUGCAUACACGUUCGAGGAGAAGGCUUGGCUCAAUAAUCUGCUUGUUAUUAAUAAAUAAAUGCUAUUUUAGUAAGAGUACAACUCUGAAAAGAAAAAAAAGAAAGAAGAAUUAAAGGUCAUACACUAAACUGCAAUGUGUAAUUGUAAUUACGAAUUUAACUGUGUAAUAAAAAAUAUCCGACAAAAAUUGGCUUAUAUACAACGAUCGUUAUCAAGCAGUUAUACAGCCAAUCACAUAUGUCAUAUAAUUAAGUUACAAGACUUCAUCUCACACCGUUUAGUAAGUAACAACAACAAGCAUCAUUGCAAUACAUAUUGUACAUUCAGUACCAAAGAUAAGUAGCAUCCUAUCUAUGACACUGCUGAGAUAAGUACUACAAUAAUUAAUUACGAUAAUGUGUACAUUACCUUAAACCAUAACAAUGUUACAAUAAAGUCUAUUCCAACUAAA